UAUUGAACUGCUUAAGGGGUACUUCGCAAUAUUUACCACUUGGGCUAUUUCGGUUUUUAUCUCAUCCCGCGAAUCUCCGGAGGGGCAGACCAGUAGACCGGCAUCGUCAAAGCUUCCGCCAUCCACAGUUCCACUCCGGCCGACCAAUAGUCGCCUCGUUUUGUCGUUUAACCUGCUUUACUAUUCCUCCAUCACAGCCAAUUUCACUUUAGCAGGGGCUUUACUGCGACAUUAGGGUUUAGGGUUUUGGGACAGAAUAUUUCAAUAAGGGCGCAGCUUGAUUAGCAAUGAGUCGUAGCUUGGGAAUACCGGUAAAGCUUCUUCACGAAGCUACAGGACACAUUGUGACGGUGGAACUCAAGAGCGGAGAACUCUACAGAGGAAGCAUGGUUGAGUGUGAAGAUAACUGGAAUUGCCAACUCGAGAACAUCACUUUCACUGCCAAGGUACUUCUUCCUUUGUUGUUGUUGUGUUUUAUUAUUUACCCCUUUAAGUUGAUCCCUGCUCGAUAAAUUAAGGUUGGUCACUUUUAUGGUUGAGAAAAAUAAUGGUGAGUUAAGGUUGAACACUUUUAUGGUUGAGGAAAAUAAUGGUGAGUUUUAUUCUUUUUUUAGGGGGGGGGGGGGUGUUUGCAAUCCCCCAUAUAAGAAAAAGAAACCAGUCUAGGACAAUUGAGAAUUGGUUGAGCAGAUUCAAAUUUAUGAAUAACCACUUGAGUAACAUAGGGGACAUAAGUGUUGAUGAUUUGUUUCGGUGGGAGAGUGAGAAUAUUUCUGAUCAAAUCAGCUAUCUUGUUUUGUUUCUUUACAGCUUUUCCUCUUCUUUUUGCAAAGUUGAAUGCCUUGUCCUGAUGUUGGCAUCUAAUUAGGAAUUAUCUCCUCGUAAGUGGGGUGUUUGCAAGUUUUCAGCUACUUCUAUGAAACGUCACCUGGAUUUUGUACCUUGUAAACAUGUUAUCUCGGUUAUGUGUUUGAGAGUAACAACUUCAAACUUGUUAGUGCACUCUUAUGUCUGCGAGACUCCCUUUGCAUUAUUUUCAGACAUUAGAUUGAUCACAUUAAAGGAUGGUAGGGUCUCGCAGCUUGAGCAUGUAUUCAUCCGUGGAAGCAAAGUCAGGUUCAUGGUGAUCCCUGAUAUGCUGAAGAAUGCUCCAAUGUUUAAACGCCUUGAAGCUAAGAUUAAGGGCAAAGGUUCAGCCGUUGGUGUUGGACGGGGCCGUGCUGUGGCCAUGAGAGCCAGGGCACAGGCUGCUGGCCGGGGAGCUGCACCGGGAAGGGGUGCUGUGCCACCAGUAAGAAGAUGAGCAUUUCCAGACAUGGUUGUAAUCUUUUGUGAGUUAUGGUAGGACAAUAUAUAUUCUGGUUUCCAAAUUUUAGACUGUAUGUGCUCUCCAAGACUUUUUUUAUAUGAAUGAUUGUACAAAACUAUUCUGGUUUUUGGAAGUCUCACUUGGAAUUCGAUCCGUAAGCAAACAUGAUCCAGUCUCAACAGUGAUGUUCAUUUGGAUGUGAAGAAGCAUGGUACUUAGAUCGACUAGGAAUGAUUGUCCACCCUUCUGUUUGGGAUCGGAAAAAUUGGGAUGGAUUUUAGAUACCCAAAAUAUGAAGAUCGAACUGUUUUUUUGGACUUGCUUUCCUGAGUGGUUUUUGGUAUUGUUGACGAAAAUAAAAGAAUGAAUCCGACUACUGCAUGGUUAACCCCCUUCUGGGAACGGGAAUUUUGGGUAAAAUCAUCCAAGGCUACUAUCUCUUGACAAUUUUACUAGUAUUCAUGAUUACUUAGCUAACUAACCACAAUAUAGAUAUCUCUUCCUAUGC